AUCAGCCAUGCUUGCUAAGUCUGUCUGUUGGUUGUUGCUAUGGCUACGAAAAGCUAGUGGAACCCAAUGAGCUGUCGCAGCAGCGCGGAGAGGACCAGCCAUUUUACUUAUGGAAAGCAGUGUGGCAUAGAGCUUCAUGGUGGAAGAAGCAUUUUUUUUUUAAAUCUCUUGAAAGAAGAGAGCCACAAUGGGCAUGCUAGUGCACAAUCAUUGCAGCCACGUGUGCCUGCAAGCUGCCCCUGCGACAAGCUGUUGACUGCUGUUGCAAUUAGCUGAUUGGAGAACGGGGAAUGCAGGGUGAUAAUGCCGCGUAUCAGCUCGCGAGCAGCAGCAGGAAAGGGUUUUGUCUCGGGAAGGCAAGCCUUCCCCGCACAGUUAUCUCGGCAGCUCCCCAACUGAGAGAACCGGGGCUUUGAAAAGAGGGUGCCUCCCUCUGCUAGCACAGGUCCUGCGCGAGGCUGCUGCUCGCAGGUCUGGGAAAGCAGGUGUGUGCUCGGAUGGGCACUGGGCUGGAACGCAGGCAGCCGCUCUCGGCUCUCGGGUUCACCUGCUUCCUGUGAAGAGACUGUUAGCUCGGAGCAUCUGCUCCCGCUCCCGCACGCUGAAGCGGAGGCUGAGAAAGGGGCUCCGGGCUUCCCACUUGACUGACGGAGACACUUGGAUUGGACUUAAUCUUAAACCUCUGGAGGUCAAGACCUUUUUAAAAAAGGGCUAAAUAAACAAUCUCUACACGGGAAAAGGCCACUGACUCCCGCUUCCUCUGCUGGAGCAACCGUGAAGUUCAGCCUCUUCAAGGAAAACUGAAGACUUUAAUAACAAACCCUUCCAGGUGAAAAUGAAUACAGAUAGCGGUGGGUGUGCUCGCAAGCGUGCGGCCAUGUCUGUCACGUUAACAUCUGUGAAGAGAGUUCAAAGUUCGCCAAACCUGUUGGCUGCAGGGCGUGAUUCUCAGUCUCCAGACUCAGCGUGGAGAUCUUACAGUGAUCGAAAUCCAGAGACACUGAACGGAGAUGCCACAUAUUCCUCUCUUGCAGCAAAAGGUUUUAGAAGCGUCCGACCAAACCUGCAAGACAAAAAGUCACCAACCCAGAGCCAGAUAACCAUCAAUGGCAACUCUGGCGGCGCUGUGAGUCCAGUCAGUUACUAUCAAAGGCCAUUCUCCCCUUCCGCGUACUCCCUUCCAGCCUCGCUCAACUCCAGCCUUAUCAUGCAGCAUGGCAGAUCGCUUGACUCUGCAGAGACCUAUUCCCAGCAUGCCCAGUCUCUGGACGGCACCAUGGGAGGCGCCAUCCCACUGUACAGGUCCUCAGAGGAAGAGAAGAGAGUGACGGUUAUCAAAGCCCCGCAUUACCCAGGGAUCGGCCCCGUGGACGAAUCCGGCAUCCCCACAGCCAUUAGAACGACAGUCGACCGGCCGAAGGACUGGUACAAGACAAUGUUUAAGCAAAUUCACAUGGUCCACAAGCCGGAUGAGGACACAGACAUGUAUAAUACUCCUUACACAUACAACGCAGGUCUGUACAACUCACCAUACAGCACUCAGUCACACCCUGCUGCGAAGACCCAGACCUACAGACCCCUUUCCAAGAGCCACUCAGACAACGGCACAGACGGUUUCAAGGAGACGCCCUCCCCAGUGCCUCCCCCGCAUGUCCCACCACGACCGAGAGAUCAAUCUUCGACAGAAAAGCAUGACUGGGACCCUCCAGACAGAAAGGUGGACACCAGAAAAUUCCGAUCGGAGCCAAGGAGCAUUUUUGAAUAUGAACCUGGGAAGUCAUCCAUUCUGCAGCAUGAAAGACCCCCCCCUGUCCCACCAACUCCGACACCUGUUCCCAGGGAACCCAGCCGGAAGCCUCUCUCUGUGUCACCCUCAACAGAUGGCCUGCGUAGCCCUUCCCCUCCACCCCGGAGCUGUGUCCCCGCACCCCGUCAGAGUCCGAGCGCCCCAGCUUUCUCUCCCACUCGGACUGGUCGCAUAAAUCCAGAUGACAUAGACUUAGAAAAUGAGCCCUGGUAUAAAUUCUUUUCAGAACUGGAGUUUGGACGCCCGCCUCCUAAAAAGGCUCUGGAUUAUGUUCAAGAUCAUUCUUCCGGUGUUCCCAAUGAGGCCUCCAUCUAUCAGCCCUCCAUUGACAGAAGCCUAGAAAGACCCAGCAGUUCUGCGAGCAUGGCUGGGGACUUUCGGAAGCGGAGGAAGAGUGAACCUGCAGUGGGCCCACCCAGAGGCCUCGGGGAUCAGAGUGUGAGCAGGACCAGCCCCAGCAGGGCGGACCUCCCAGGAUCAAGCUCCACAUUUACGAAGUCUUUCAUUAGCUCUUCUCCUUCCUCUCCCUCAAGAGCCCAAGGUGGGGACGAUAGCAAAAUGUGUUCAUCCCUUUGCAGUCACUCGGGGCUCAAUGGCGCCCCCUCUGGUGAGUUAGAGUACUGUAGCGCUUAUAGACAGCAUUUGGAUGUCCCCCGGGACUCUCAAAGGGCCAUCACCUUCAAGAAUGGCUGGCAAAUGGCCCGGCAAAAUGCCGAGAUCUGGAGCAGCACGGAAGAGACCGUGUCCCCCAAAAUCAAAUCGCGUAGCUGUGAUGAUCUCCUGAAUGACGAUUGCGACAGCUUCCCAGACCCUAAAGCCAAGUCAGAAAGUAUGGGUUCUCUGUUAUGCGAGGAAGACUCCAAAGAGAGCUGCCCCAUGGCGUGGACUUCCCCCUAUAUCCAGGAAGUGUGUGUUAACGGCAGAUCCAGAAUCAAACACAGGUCAGCCCAUAAUGCCCCGGGCUUCCUCAAAAUGUACAAGAAGAUGCAUCGCAUCAACCGCAAGGAUUUGAUGAAUUCGGAGGUAAUUUGCUCCGUGAAGUCCAGGAUACUGCAGUAUGAAAACGAACGGCAGCAUAGGGGUCUGCUCCACGGUUGGAGCCAGUCUUCCACCGAGGAGGUGCCCAGGGACAUGGUACCCACCCGCAUUUCGGAAUUUGAAAAGCUGAUACAGAAGUCCAAAUCCAUGCCCAAUCUAGGGGAUGAGAUGUUGUCUCCCAUCACCCUAGAACCCCAACAAAACGGCCUGUGUCCCAAGAGACGAUUUUCUAUUGAGUCUCUGCUGGAAGAAGAAACUCAGGGUAGACAGCCUUCUCAGGGUCAGCGAAACUGCAAGUCUAAAACCCUGGUGCCCAUCCACAUCGAAGUCACCAGCGACGAGCAACCCAGAGCUCACAUAGAGUUUUCCGACAGUGACCAAGAUGGAGUUGUGUCUGACCACAGCGACUACAUUCACGUAGAAGGGUCAUCCUUUUGCAGCGAAAGCGAUUUCGACCAUUACUCCUUCACAUCCUCCGAAAGCUUCUACGGUUCCAGCCAUCACCACCACCACCAUCACCACCACCAUCACCGGCACCUCAUCAGCUCUUGCAAAGGCCGAUGUCCAGCCUCUUACACUCGGUUUACCACAAUGCUAAAACAUGAACGAGCUAAGCAUGAGAACACGGACCCACCCAGGAGGCAAGAAAUGGACCCCGGCCUGUCUAAACUCGCAUUUCUAGUCAGCCCCGUGCCUUUCCGAAGGAAAAAGAAUUUGACUCCCCAAAAACAGACUGAACAGGCAAAAUGCAAAGCCUCCGUAGUCGAGGCUCUGGACUCUGCCCUUAAGGACAUCUGCGACCAAAUCAAGGCUGAGAAAAGGAGGGGGAGCCUGCCGGACAACAGCAUACUGCAUAGGCUUAUCAGCGAGCUGUUACCAGAGAUCCCGGAGAGGAAUUCAUCCCUUAACGCUCUAAAACGGAGCCCUGGGCACCAGCCUUUCCACCCACUGCCUCAAGAUGGUGCUAUUCAUUGUCCACUGUACCAAAACGACUGUGGGAGGAUGCCUCACAGUGCCUCUUUCCCAGACGUGGACGCAACCAACAGCAGCUACCAUGCCCAGGAUUACAGUAGUGAGCUGAGUUUCCGAGACCAUGAGUCCCCUAGAAGUUACUCGUCUACUUUGACUGACCUGGGAAGAAGUGUAUCACGGGAACGAAGAGGAACUCCAGAAAAAGAGAAAUUGCCUGCAAAAGCUGUCUAUGAUUUCAAAGCUCAGACAUCUAAGGAGCUAUCGUUUAAGAAAGGAGAUACUGUCUACAUCCUCAGGAAAAUUGACCAGAACUGGUACGAGGGGGAGCACCACGGGAGAGUGGGCAUUUUCCCAAUCUCAUACGUAGAGAAACUGACUCCUCCAGAGAAAGCACAGCCCGCCAGACCACCACCCCCAGUCCAGCCUGGAGAGAUUGGAGAAGCCAUAGCCAAAUACAACUUCAAUGCCGACACAAACGUGGAGCUCUCCCUGCGAAAGGGCGAUAGGAUUAUUCUUCUUAAAAGAGUUGAUCAAAACUGGUAUGAAGGCAAGAUCCCGGGCAGCAACAGGCAAGGCAUCUUCCCUGUUUCCUAUGUAGAAGUCAUCAAGAAGAACGCACAAGGUGCCGAGGACUACCCCGACCCCCCCAUACCCCACAGCUACUCUAGUGAUAGAGUCCACAGCCUAAGCUCCAACAAGCCACAUCGUUCUGUGUUCACUCAUGACAACAUUCAAGGUCAGGGGGAACCGUUUCAGGCUCUGUAUAACUAUACUCCUAGGAAUGAAGACGAGCUGGAGCUCAGAGAGAGCGAUGUCGUGGAUGUCACGGAGAAGUGUGAUGACGGAUGGUUCGUGGGAACUUCAAGAAGAACCAAAUUCUUUGGGACUUUUCCCGGAAACUAUGUCAAGAGGCUGUGAAUCGCCUUCUCCCUCAUUUACUCCGCAUUUCGGUAACACAUCCGCACAACUCACCUGGAAUAUCCCAGCCAGCAGGCCUGUCAUGCCUUAUGGUUUCCCAAGGCCCUUGCCAUCUCCACCUGCCGCCACCAAAUCACCAGCAGCAACUGCCUCUGUGAGCCUUAGGGAGGCUGGGCGCUUAUAGGGAACUGUGGCAAAACUUACACCCGCAUCAAUGCGGUUUCCUGCUUUCUGCCCUGAACUUUAAAAAUCUCUGUGUAUGGAAUUGGAAUGAAAGUCAUCAUAAUUAAAAAGAGUGGAAGAGUUAAGGCAGGAAAAAAAGAGGAGAGAAAGAAAGAAAGAAAGAAAGAAAGAAAGAAAGAAAGAAAGAAAGAAAGAAAGAGAGAGAGAGAGAAAGAAAGGAAGGAAGAAAGGAAGAAAGGAAGGAAAAGAAAGAAGGAAGGAAGAAAGAAAAGAGACUCUCUAGGAGACUGGCUGGUCUCAUCACGGCUGUAUUUCCCCCUCUCUAGAAGGUGUUCUGUCCUCAGGAACCAGACUGUUUUCUGAAAUGCUGUGGUUUGCAUUUUCACCCUCAGCUUGGCAGUGUGUUUUCCUCUCACGAGUUUGCCUAGUGCCCUGGUUUACACUGUAUAACAACUAUACUUCAGCUAUUGUUUGCCUGCACUUCUUACAUAUUGUUUUAUGCACAGUGAUUUAUAAAAUCUAGAGCAAGUAGGAAGGUUAACUGGGACGGCUGUGAUUUCUGUUGGCUGCAUUAAGUUCUCACCCAGGAGUCUUAUCCUGCACAUUUUUUUGUGUGUGUACUUAUUAGAAGUGCAAACAGUGAGCGAUUAAGAAGCUGUUGGUCACUACCAUGACUAUCACGAAGGUUUAGCCACACUGCGGGACAAAUCGUGUUGUAAAUUUGCAUUGCUGUUUUAUAUUAAAAUGUAAUCAUCAGCAUCAUGAACAAUGAGCUCUUAGUGUUUUAUUUAUCUGUUAAAACUUAAAAAGCAGUGUUAGUAAGAGAGGCAAAGAGGCAAAAGUAACACCCAUAAGUGGGUUUCACUGCGUGUACACUUACACAUAAGGACAUAUAAAUCAGAUGUUAUGUUGUACAUUUUAUGGACAUGUAAAAGAAUCCCACAUUAUUUUAUAGAGUGCUUCAGGAGCAUCCUGAGUGUUAAGGCUGGCUUUAGCAAGGACUAUGAUCAAUACAAUUAUUUUUACUACAAUAAUUAUUUUUCUUCUAUGAAACCCAGAAUCCUGACUCCAUUUGCAGACAGGAAUAUAUAUGGUGAGCCUGAUUUUUCUGGUGUGUGUAAAAUACUUCCUAGAAAUAAUGAGGCGAUUUUAGAAAUAAUGGUUAAAUCAUUCAGGUUGUAUUUCCUGCCCCCCAAACAGUUCUACAAAAUGAUACCAAACCUGAAAGAUUUAAUGGAUUCACAGUGCCUGUGUUCCGCAUACUCUGAGACGUAGCUUUGUAUUUCGAAUGAAUUUGCAUAAGACCUGUUCGUCUUUGAAAUCUUUAGCACCUUAUAGACAAAACUUUUUAUGGCUUUCCUCCGUGGGCAAUGCUUGAUCUCACACAACAUGUAGACCCUAGCAUUUUGUAUAUAUGUUUGUUCUUUUCUUUUGUACAAACUAUUUACUUAUUCAGAAAAUGGGGAUUUCCCAAUUUGGUCUUUAUCCUGCACUUAAACUGAGUUUAAACUCUUCCGGCAGGUCUCCCUUGAGGCUCUCUUCACAGAUCACAGGCUAGUAUGAAUCUGGAAGAUAACAUCUACACAAAAUUCUAUGAAUUGGAAAGAUCUUUGUAUCCAACCUGAAACGCACAUAGAUACUGGCAACAGAGGAAUGUCACUAAGGGGGUAGGGACAAAACACCUCUGAGAAGCUCACUUUACCCUCCAGUUCACGACCAGCUUUCUGUUAGGAAAACUUGGGAUUGGCAAUCAGCCAGCCACGUGCAGCUUUGCUGAUGAAUGACUACUUCUUUUUCACACCAUUUAUGAAAACAAAUCUUCAACUCUGCUGCCUGUUCUAUUUAAGAAAAUUUGCUGUUUCUACUCUGUAUCUGAUUUUAAAAGGGAAAAAAAUAUUCAUACCUGGCUUUCAGGUCAUUGACUUUGAAUUCUUACAAAGCAAAGGUCAUUGUGUUUUUCUUGAGUAGAUACCUAAUAAAUUUUGCUUGAAAGUA